GACAAAGCAGCGUCUGGCAGAACGGGUACCUUCACACUGCCAGAAUGAAAGUCAUGAAAAGCUGUGGUGUGUGCUUUAUGUUAGCAGUAGCUGGGAUCCUCUACUACACAGAAGCUGACUUGCCAUACUGCCGAAGACUUAACAACGCUCCCCACAUGAGAGCUUAUUGUUACGAGGUGACCACAUAUGUAGACUGUAAAGAUAACUGCACAUCACUGAUACUACAGGACCAGUAUGUAACAGCCGAUUGUCCAUGGGGGAAUUACGGUCACUUUAUCACAAAUACCUUGGACAACCAUUGCCAGGGGGAAAUAACGGCAGACAAAUGCGAUCUAUUCUGCAGUAACACUCCAACCAAUGCUUCGGAUAGAGUGGUAGGCUGGACUUGCUGUAAAUCGUGUGUAGAAAUAUGUGGAAGAGUCCCAGCACGUGACAUCAACUUCGAGGACCGGUAUCCGGGACUUUAUCCCCGAGAUACAUCAUAAUCCAAGAGUCUCAUCAUAAUCCAAGAGUUACAUCAUAAUCCAAGAGUCUCAUCAUAAUCCAAGGGUUUCGUCACAAUCCAAGAGUUUUGUUCAAAAUGUUCCAUUAAAAUCAAAGUUUCGUCAUAGUUCAAAAGUUUCGUCAUAAUCCAAAAUUUACAUCAUUAUCCAACAGUUCUGUCAUAAUCUAUGAGUUCUAUCAAAAUCCAAGAGUUGCGUCAUAAUCCAAGAGUUGAGGCCUAGGAACAUCAAAAGCUAAUAGUUCUAUCCUAAUCCAGUUUUGUCGGGAUCUGAAUCAUACAGGAUAGGAAUCUAAUGACUCUACUGGAUUCCUUACACUAAAAUUAUUUGGAUGUUGAAAAUGUUGACAAACAGCCUUUUUAAAAAAAAAAAAUUAUAG